AUGAACAACUUGAGCCUUCAGGAGUCGUCACAUGCGACAGGUGAUGGCUCCUCGUCUACUCCUCACUACGCGACGACUGUCAACCCUUCAGUCGGACCAGAUGGAAUGCUGCCUCUUGGCCCGGUGAGCCCUCUUCGAGAAUUGCCUCACCAUCCACCCGCACCCGGCUCGCUGCAUAGGUCAACGUUACUGCACCAGACCUUGUCUGCAAGACGAGUUGUUUUCCACGAGCAUGCAUCGUUUCUGCUGCACCCGGCGUCACGGUUCGAGGACAGCUUUGCAUUCUCUCAACCACUUCUCGCAUCUGAUUCAUACGUGCUAAAUCCCCCCUCUUAUCCCCAGCUGUCUCCGGAUCAGCCGCAGCAUGCGCCUCCGUUUUCAGCCCACAGACCUCAGGAUCACCCUGAAGGCUACAUUCCGUUCCCUGCCACCAAGCUGCACCAUCCGGGCAUCUCUCGUGAUGGGCGAUCGAGUCAGAAUGAAGAGCAACUGCUGGGCACGAAGCGGUCUCCUGUCGAAGAAGAUAGUGACACUUCUGUUGACGAUUACGACAUCCCCGGACUACCUUCGGACUUGGUCGCAGAUGGCCUACCUAUCUCUACAACACGGAAGCGAGGUCGACCGAAGUUGGCAUCGUCGGGUGCUCAGCCCAGGAAGCGACGCAAGAAGGGGACGGGUCCUCGAGGUGGUUGGAGCAAAGGGAUGAAAAUUGGCCCACGGGCAGCGAUCGACCCUGGGCCGGAAUUCAACGAACUCUAUGGCCGGGCUACGACGGCCUUCAUUGAUGAUCGAGACAGUGACAAAGCGCUUGACCUAGUCUUGCAGGCUAUUGCGAUUAAUCCAGAAAUCUAUUCUGCUCAUGCCCUACUCUCCGAGAUAUACUUCUCUCUGGACGAAGACGAAAAGGCCAUUGCUGCACUUUUCAGCGGUGCUCACACUAUACCAACAGAUCCGGAAGUAUGGAUUCAAGCGGCCAACGCCUGUCUCCAAAGGUCCAAGGGGAAACGAGAGACUGCCUUGCAGCAAGCCAGUUACUGCUAUGCACGAAUCAUCCACACAGACCGGGACCACUUGGAAGCCCGCUUUCAACGAGCAGCCGUCAGCAGAGAGCUGUCAAACUACAAUAAAGCUUUGAAAGACCUGGAAGCUAUCCUGGAACGGAUGCCUCGGAAUUCUAGCGUCUUGAGACAGAUUGCCGAAAUAUGCAUUGAAACAAGGGAUCUCGAAAGAGCGAAACAAUUCUACGAGGACACCCUGAGAUACUACCGGGAAAAUGGAUUUGAGGGCCAGGAGUCAUUCACGUGGGCCGACAUUCUGGUCUACGCGCAAAUCCUUGCUCUGGAAGAACCUCCUGAUCCAGCUAUCACGAAUGCUUUAAUAUCUCUAAAGCAGUUAUCGAGGUGGCUUUUAGGCCGAGAACAAGAGGUCUACUGGGAUUAUUUUACUGAUGACGACCGAGAGUUUGACUCAGAAGAUGAACCGCGACGAGUGUUGGUGCCUGAGUUUAUACCCGGCAAAUAUUCUCCGGACGCUUAUGGUUUAGGACUUCCCUUGGAACUGAGAGCUAGAUUAGGGAUCCUCCGUCUCAAGCAGGGCCGGAAUGCUUUGGACGAGGCCUUGGCACAUUUUGAAUGGCUUGAACCGGAAGCCAGGGAUCAGGGCGCAAUUGUGUAUGAUUACCCAGAUAUAUUCCUAGAGGUUGCCCAAGCCCUGCAGGAAGCCAAAGAAUACGACCAGGCACUGCGUUAUUAUGAGGCUCUGAAGGACACCAACGCAUAUUCACACACAGAGUUUUGGUUGGGCAUCGCAGCCACCUCCUAUGUCUGCGGCGAUAAGCUACACGCGGUCGAGUGCUAUGAAGAGGCCAAGGCUGGAGAUGAAAAAUGUGUCGAAGCACGGACGCACCUUUCGAGGCUUUACGCCGAAUUUGGUGACAAAGAAAAGGCAAUGGAGAAUGCUCGUGAAGCUGUUCGUGUGGCUGACAGCUUACUUCCUAAGACUGAACGACGCAAAUACGAGCGCAAAGAACAACGUCUGGCUCGUGAGGAAGCAGAGAAGGCUCUCAAGGAAGCAUUCAACCUUCCUGGCGAGGCUGUUGGUGGCACACCAGUUGAUCGUAUCGAGAGCAGACUCCAAAAAAAGAAGAGGACGUACAGGACCCGAAAGGCACUAUCGAUGCUAACGGAAGGGACAAACUACCAAGAGACAGAAGGGACGGAAGACGAAUACGAGGAGUUACGCGAGGAGUUUGAACUUGGUCAAACCAGGCCCGCAAUGCUGCCAACAAUGGACGAUGAGAUCGCCAGACAGACGGCCCAGAAUGUGGCACGGAGGAGAAAGGAUCGGGAACCACCACGGUCACGGGCGCAAGCCAAAACCAGGAUAAAACGAAUGAAUGCAGAAGAAAGAGAGACCCACCGAACAGAAACGAUCAACAGACUCUACAGCGAGCUGGUCUACAACUCAGAAGCCAUGAGGGCCGGCGACGAAAUAGCAAGGAAUACCUGGAUGGACUGUGCUGACUCCCUUAUCACGGAUUUCCGAAGCAACCGCCUGCUUUACUCCAAGGAGAAAUGUCAUUCCUCGAACGGCAUUAACCGGGAAUCUAUCAAUGCUGGCUCACGCCAAAGAUGGGAGAGAGAGCAAGGAAAUGGACAAGACGUCGUCGAAGUGGAUCAAGAUUUCCCCAUCCCUACCGUCGAAUCGUCCAUGCCUACUGAAUAUCGUGAAAUCGCCUUUUCAGACUGGCUGGAUGUUUUUCUCGAGUAUGCCCUCCUCCUGGCUCAAUUCCCUGAGGCAGACGCCCAGCAUCGUUGCUACACCAUUAUCAAUGCUGCAUUGGAUUGUGUGGUUUGGAACCAAGACCAACAAGCGCUCCUGCAUAUCUAUAUCACAUAUCUCGCUUGCACUCUUGCCUUACAAGAUGACAAAGCCUUGUCCAACAUUGUGCUACGAUGGUUUCUGCGAACAUUUCAAUUUAACUCUGACGUAUAUCGUCUCUUUGCCGCCAUGAACAUGGUCUUCGCUCGGCCCGGUGCCGUGUUUCGCAACCGCGCGUCGCAACAAUUCCUUUUCAAACAAAUUGUGCAAAUGGACGCAAAUUUGCCGAUUGAUUAUCAACCAGAAGGUUAUGGAGCGGUGCCGGACUUCAUGCGGCAGGGUAGGACGGAUUUCCCUUCGCACAACAGGGACGAUGCUGAAGAAUCGCCUCGUUCUCACCCAACUAUCGUGCAGAGCCAGCAGAAUCAACAUCAAGAUAUCACAAAGUUGAAGGAAAUGAGUGUCGAUCUUCUAUCGCUGUACGGCCAUGUGCUGUACGCAGGCGGUGGCUUCUCUAGUGCCCUGUCAUACUUUUUUCGUGCCCUUUCUCUCAGUCCUGAAAACCCCUCGUUAUUACUCAGUAUUUCACUGAGCUAUAUGCACGAGACGCUCAGAAAGCACAGCGAGAACCGUCACAUGUGGUUGCUGCAGGGCUGGGCAUUCUUCGAGGACUAUGCCGAUGCGAGGAGGGGGUGGGCGCGAAAGCUGUUGCAAGAACAGCAGAACAGUGAUGGUGACGCAGACCAUGUGACCGCACAGGACAUGAACGGCCUGGAGCUGCUGAUUGAGCGAGAGAUUGCGUUCAACCGUGCAAGAUGCUGGCACAUGCUGGGCCUGUCGGAUCUCGCCGUGCGGGCAUACGAGAAGAUGCUAUCCUUCACAGUCGCAUCUGAUCGGCUCUCAGCCCCUGAUGCCACUGCCACUACAGCACGUGCGGACAGCGAAGCAAACACAGAAACGAAACACAAGGACUUCACUAUGGAAGCGGCGUAUGCCAUUCAGACGAUGUAUGCUCUGAGCGGAAAUUCGGAGAUGGCUAGAGAAGUGACAGAGAAGUACCUAGUUGUUUGA